AUGAACCCGCAGCUAUCGAUUAACGUGUACGGCUACAAACAUACGUUUCUACGUGAUUUAGAAAUUUUCCCUGUACGCCAUUCAGUAAAUUGUGGUGAAAAAGAAGCGGUGCGGGUACGAAUGCCUGAAACUGAUGACGAGCGGUUCGUUGAGUUUCAGAAAUUUUCUCAUCAAGAACCAAUUCCAUAUAUUGUAUAUGCAGAUUUUGAGGCGUUAUUGGUACCACAACAUCAUGAAGACAUGGAAAUGGAUCAUGGGUCUUAUACGCAAAAUAUUCAAAAACAUGUACCCUACAGUGUAGGUUACUAUGUUCAUUGUACCCAUGAUCCCAACCAAUCGUUUUAUAAGGCAUACCGUGGUACUGAUUGCGCAAAAUGGUUUGUUAAAGAACUGGAACAGGUUGCGUAUACAUUGGAAAAGAAAAUUAAACACGUUGAACCAAUGAUACCGCUCACCAUCGAACAAGAAAUGGAGUUUCUGUGUUAUUACAGAGGUCCAGCACACCAAAUUUGUAACUUAAAUUAUCAAAAUUCAAGGGUGAUACCUGUUGUGAUGCAUAAUUUAAGCGGAUAUGAUGCACAUUUUAUAAUAGAACCUCUGCUAACAGAAUUCGAUGGUCAUGUUGAUGUGUUGCCCAUCAACAAAGAAAAGUACAUCAGUUUUACCAAACACGUCUCGGACAUUCAAUUACGAUUCAUUGAUUCCUUUAAGUUUCUCUCUGAAAAAUUAGAUAAUCUGGCUUCCUAUUUAGAUAAUGAUAAAAAAACUUUUUUACAUAGAGAGGUCAGUGAUGAUGAACAAUUUCAAUUGUUAACAAGAAAAGGUGUAUUUCCUUAUGAAUACAUGUCUAGUUGGGAACGUCUUGAUGAGGUAAGCUUACCCACAAAAGAGGCGUUCUACAGUGCAUUAACAGAUGAGCACAUAACGGAUCAGGAUUAUAAUCAUGCUAUACAGGUAUGGAAUACAUUUGGUUUACAUACACUAGGUGAAUACUCCGACCUGUAUAUGAAAACUGAUGUGUUUCUACUUGCGGACAUUUUUGAAAAUUUCCGUAAAACUUGUUUGCAUAAAUAUGGUCUUGAUCCAGCUCACUCUUAUACACUAGCUGGCUAUACAUGGGAAGCCAUGUUGAAAUACACCGAUAAGAAACUGGAAUUGUUCACUGAUGUAGAUAAGUUUCUGUUUAUCGAGAGAGGAAUCAGAGGUGGUGUGAGUCAUUGCUCUAAUCGCUAUGCAAAAGCUAAUAAUAAGUACAUGACAGAGGGGUAUAAUCCAAAUGAAAUACAACAUUAUUUGAUGUAUUACGAUGUGGUGAAUGAAUAUGGAGCAGCAAUGUCUACAUCUUUACCCACUGGAAAUUUCGAGUGGGUUGACACACCAGACGUCAUGGAAAUUGCAGACGAUUCACCAGUCGGUUUCAUUUUAGAAGUGGAUCUGGAAAUACCCCAAAAUCUGCAUGAUUACUUUAGCGAUCUACCACCAUGUCCGGAGAUAGCAAAACCACCAGGAUCAAAACAAAAAUACCUGCUUACAACUCUUUUGAUCAGUCUCCAUGGUUGA